AUGAUGGCGAGGCUCGGGGGCCCGGCUGAUGCGCGCCUUCGCGCGCGUGAGCUGCUGGAGGGGUCGUUGACAUCGCUCAAGGCGCUGGGCCUCGUGGAAUUCAGGCACCAGGUGCCUAUGUCCGGCAAGCUCGCGGGCUCCGAGUGCCCCUUGAGAGCUGUGGGCGAGAAGACAGGCUGCUACCUGGUUCUGGAGGGGAGCUCGUUGGUGAUCCUGGGGCCCUCGCUGGCGGUGUGCAAAGGCGCUGCGAAGAUGGUGGACAAGUUCCUGGCUUCGCCCUGCGAGAAGCUGUCGGAGGCGCUGGAGGCUUUCCAGCCAGCCAAGACAGGCGCGACCCGGCCCUUUCUGCGCCCCGCCGGGCCUGAAGUGGAGCGCAUAGUGGAGAUCCGGAACCUCAACAGGAACCGGCUGCUGUGCUGCCAGGGAGCUCUGAUCAAGCGAGUGCAGGAGGUCUGCAAAGUGCGGCAGAUCACGGUCUUGGACAACUCCGAGCAUCCGGAGGUGCCCAAGGAGACUUCCUGCCUUUGCGCCUCCGCGGCGCGGAGACGGCCAUCGCGGACUGCGAGGGUACUCUUUGGCAGCUGGCACAGGACGACUACUCGUCCAUCGGCUACAAAGUGA